UCAAUUAAGACUGGAAACAUCUUUAACCUCAGGUAUCCACGCCGUGAUCCUCCUCGCAAGAGAAUAGAGGACGUUUUAAAAGAAAUCGAAUCCCUUUUCGGUUCCCCUAUAGACACCGCGGUCCCCUCCUCGCUCUAUAGACACCAUGAUCGCCAGAAUCAUCUGUUUACAAGGCGUUGAAGUGGCCAGACGUGCCCAAGUUCUGUCAUGUGAAAGUAGACGAAAAUUGUCCGAAAUUUCCCUCUAAAUCCACCCGAUCCGCCAAUGGACGCCUGAAAGAUGGCACAGUGCAAGCUAACCCCACAUGAGUUCAUCCAGAAUGCCUUCGCGCCCCAGAUAGCGAUUUUGUGCAGUGAAGACGCGGAUAACCUUUGCCUGAAAAAUAAUUUGAGAUUCGUGGAGCUCGUCCAGCCCUUCUGCAGACUCAACAAUGAGACUCGCAUUGCUGACCCAGCCGGAAACACAGUGCCCAUUCGUAACCUGCGGGUGGUGUUUGAAGACAUGAACAGGCGUCCUCCUCAGCCAACCUUGGGCAAGAAACUCCUUAAUGAAGUUGUGGGCACAACACCUUGGGACAGACCUGUGACCAAGACUAUCAGUGCCUCGGGGACUCGCAGUGGGCUGGAGCUGGAGCUGCAGUCCACGACACCUUGGUUUGAAGCAUGGAGGGACACCUUUCUCCAUGUGCAGUACCCCUCUGAUCAUGAAUUCACAAAGCAUUACAUUGCUUGUAUAGUGGUUGUUGCUUCAACCAGUGAAAAUCCAAUGGACCAGCUGAAUCGCCUGUCACAAUACCAACAUCAGCAGCAGCAUCAAACACCAGCUCGUUUUCCAAAGUGGUUUUCUCCAAAUAUCCUCAAGUAUUAUCUUCUCAUCCAUGACGUUACACUUGGGGACCUCACCAAGUCUGAGCAGAUUUUUGAACAGAUGUGUAGCAUGUAUGGCAGCAACAAUUGCCACUUGUUGCAAAUUAACUCUCGGGCUACAGAUCAGAUGGAUGUUCAUUUGCCUGAUCCUUGGACACAGUUCCUGAUUCAGAGGGCAUCUAUUGAUCCAAGUGGAGGGAGCAGCUCUGAAGCAAGCAGUGGAACUGGCACGCCUCGUGAAGAUGUGAGUGUCCUUCCAUCUCGUGUCACAGAGGGAGAUACUAUUGACUGCUGUGAACCAAUUCAUCCCCUGUCUCCAUUAUCUCCUCCUGCUGAAGAAAAAAAUGGUACUUUUGAUGUGAUGCCUGCUGUGGAGAUUUCAUCUGAUGUGCCUGUAAUGGUGAACAAACCAACACUGCCAACUGGAACCACCCACCAUGGAGGCUGCUUGACUUCCUCAGAUGUGGACCGAAUACGAAUUUUUGUCCAUGAAUUCUGUGUGCGGUCACUGAUCCCCCACGUGGAGCGGCAGAUCAGGUACUUGAAUGAGGUGGUGACUAACAGAUCCCGUUCCAAAUCCCUCCUGAGUGCCACCAGACGCUGGCUAGGGGGCAAUAAGAGCCCAGGUGCUGCUACGAACUCUGUCAUCUAUAGCCCUGAGGCAACAGAGCUACAGACAAGGAGACUUGGGGACCUGUGCUUCAUGUUUGGCCUCUAUGAAUUAGCAUAUAAUUCAUUCCACACAGCCAAAAAUGACUUCAAAAGUGAUCAGGCAUGGCUGUAUUUUGCUGGUGCACAAGAGAUGGCUGCACUGGCAGCCUUCAUGCACAACAGUGCAGAUUACCCAAAACGCUACUUGGAGAGCAGUUUACAGACAUACUUGAGUGUUUGCAAGGUGUACAACUUUGCCAUUCGAUCAACUUUGUUGAGCACAGAGGUCCUAAAACACUGUGGUGAAUAUGGAGAAGCUGCAAUGAUGUUUAUCAAACUGACAUCAGAGGAAAGUGACCUUUUAUCUGCCCUCAUGCUAGAACAGGCUGCUCAUUGUUUUAUCAAUGCCAGAAGACCUCUCCCAAGAAAGUAUGCAUUCCACAUGACUCUGGCUGGCCAUCGGUAUGGCAAAGCAGGGCAACGGUCUCACUCAUUACGAGCAUAUAAACAGGCUUUUCAGAUCUAUGCAACUCGUGGCUGGGUACUGGCUGAAGACCACAUUCACUUCACCUUGGGUAAACAAGCACACCAUUUGAAGCAGCUGACUGAGGGACUGGCUGCAUAUAACAGCUUAGUGGACCAGCGAACCAAGCAGGCUGCUCCUAGUCAGCAAUCCCCUACUCAACAGAUGACCUAUAUCCGAGAGUUCAUAAACACAUACCACCAUUACAUCCAGCAGGAAUGGGACUCAGCAUCAGGGCUGCCUUGUCUUCCACUACCUCUGAUUGAUUCCCAAGCGACAACCAUCCUAUUAGGGUCCCCCCAAGAGGCGCCUACAAGCCCUGGUUGGACUGCAGCCUCACAUGUAUCUCUAGACAGUGGGGCCAUUGCUAAUGACAGAUGGUUUGCUCUGGAGAGGGACCUGAUUACAGAGACUCAGACCACGCUACCAAUUGUAUUUAAGCCAAAUUUACAAUUGCUGAAUAAGGAUACUCCAAAUACACAGAGUCCCAUAGUUCCUGUAAAUGAGCCUGUGCUUGUUGAACUGAUCAUGAGCAAUCCUCUGGCAGUAAGUCUGAUGAUUACUGAUGUUCAGUUAGUAUUCACUUUCAAAGCAUCUGGUGAUCAGGAAAUGGCUGGUGAUCCUCAAGUUAAACAUUCAAUGUUUAAGGGAUUCAAUCUCCCUGCUGGUGCUCAAGAAAAAGUAAGAUUAGAGCUGUAUCCUGCAUGCACUGGCCAGAUCCUUAUCACUGGGGUUCAGUACAAACUCUCCCUGACCCCUGACUUAGUUGCAGCACCUCCUCCAGGAUCAACGGCAGUGCCUGUUGUCAUUGAAGGCCAGCAAUCCAUCGAGGUCAAGGGACCCCGGCUCAAUAGCACAUCAGCUGAGAAGUGCAAUGUUGUUUAUGCCAGUGAUAAAAGACUAGAGAUAACUGUGGUUCCUCCACUGGCAAGGCUUAGUGUGAUAUUUAAUAAUUUGCCACACAUUCUCAGUUGUGGUGAGCUUCAUAGUGCCGAUGUAGCGAUAACGAAUACAGGACCUUGUGCGAUAUCGAAACUUUUACUAGCUAUUUCAGACCCUAACCACAUUUACCUCUCAACCACGGAAUCAGCAUUAGAGGACAAGCAUGUACUCACCCUGAAUGAGUCUGAGAGUGUUGAAAGCAGAGUCACCAAACGUGUUCAGCCAGUUACCCUGCAAGAUGGAGUGCUCAAACCGGGUGACACCAUACGAGGAAAGCUCUGGCUUCAUGCACCUUCUUUGCCAGGUGCAUUCGAUGUAGAAUUACUCUUCUACUUAGAAACUCAGAACACGACAGGAAAGGGAAGGUACCGCUUGUUGAGACAUUUUACCAGCGUUUAUGUGGAGAGAAGUCUUAGUCUAAAGGUAUCAUCGUUAAUAAGCCAGUCAUUGAACAAAUCGAUUAACAACCAAAACAAUGAAGAAACAAAGAAUACACAUACUGCCAAUGUCGUUGUUGAGGCUGUGAAUAACUCAGAGGUUGACAGUGCUUGUGGAACUUACACAGUCAUGGGUGUCAGUAGUAACAGCAAGAAGUGGGCCAUCAUACCCCAUUCUUCAUUACCAGAUAACUCGUAUACCCCUGGCUGUCCUUCUAUUUUAAAUUCAGAGCAAGUUUUGGCCUAUGGAGAAAGCUGCCACCUUUGCGUCAAGUGCAUUCAGCAACAGAACCCCAGUGCUAAAAAACUAGUCUUCUCACAAGUACCAUUCAGUAAAAGCCAAAGUCCAAUGAGUUCUUGGUGGCGUUUCACCUUAAGAGAACGGAUUAAGCUCUUGGAGCUCUUGGCUGACCCUCCGCCACCAAGUCCAACGGCUGAUCACAUUCCUCCGCCCCCAACUCAGGCUCAGAAGGACACAGAACACAUCCUCGGUACCAACAGUAUAGAUAUGGUUCUUACUGUCUUGUGGAAGGGGGAACGAGGAGGCCACACCAUCUGGGGACAGCACAGUAUCUACCUUGAGAAUCUGGGCAACAGUGCAAGCAUACCCCAAUUGCCAGUCAUUCUUACAGGGGAAGAAGAAAAACCUCCUGUGAGAAUCAUCCCAGAAACCCCCCCCUCACCAAUACAGUCCCCAGUUCCCCCUCCAUCUCAGCAGAAGCAUCUUGUCAAAGUCUCUGCUGAUUUUCCUCAGGGGAUGGAACAUGACUUUCUGGCCAAUAGCAGAUUAUGCUGCCUUGAGUUUGUGCUUCUCUUGUAUAACUGCACUGCAUGUCAGCUGUCAGCCCAUCUCAACCUUUGUCCAGAAGGCAUAUCAAACAGCAAUGGAAAUUCAAGCAGCCACAUGUACUCCCCUCAAGCAAGUACUCGACUCCUUUAUGUGGGAGGAACUGUGAGAAAGAUUUCAUUGGUGCCUUGGGGAUGCAGCAAAGUUCCUGUACGUGCCCUGGUCACCACCCCAGGCACAUACAGUCUUGGAAACUUCACUUUAACUGCUCUUCGGUCUCAUGCCACUGUUUCAGAGUCCCCUGUUGUCCAGAACUGUCAGUUACAGACAGCUGUUACAGUCAGACAGGCAGUAAGAGUUGAUCAUCAUCAUAAUACAUGAUGCUCUCAGAUUACAGAUGAAAGUUGACUAAACUUUUUGUUUUUUAUUUAUUGUUAUUAUUUUUUUUGAUUUUAGGUAAUUUGUCAAAUGAAAUAUUAGUGCCUGUAUCCUAAUGCUUGCAUAUUAGCCAAUACAGCAUAUAAAUUUUGAAACUGUCAGUGCCCCAGCCCUUUUCGACAUUCCUCUGCUCAUGCUGUAUCGCAGCUGCUAUGGGAUGUGAUUUCACUGUAUUAGAACUUCAUAGACAAGAAAAGAAAAGAAAUACACACAGUUGGAAAUUACAUACCCAUUUCACAAAACCUGCAUAAAUAACAUAUGGUAAUUUUGUUAACCGUUGAUCAAGUUGAUCAGCUGCAGAUGGUUAGGUUUCAUAAGCUAUAAGUAAAUAGUUAUGUGCUCUUGAGAGUUUUAUUUAAUUUAAAAGGUAGCAGGUUCGCCAGAUCUGAAGUUGGUUAUUAUUGUGUUGAAUAUUUUUUUUCCAUUAUUGAUAGAAUGUAUUAGAAUUAGAUAAUUUACUGAUGUAUGGUAGGUAAAAGGAUAUUUGUUUUAUUGGGCAACUGAUUUUUUGCAACUUGCCAUAAGAAUAAUGAAAAUAAUAUGGUGCAUUAUAUCUUCUGAGAGAAAGGUUUUAAUUUGGUCAUUCUUUUUCCUGCAUUUUGAUUUUCAUUGUUCAGGAAAGAGUGAUGUGUUCGUGUUUGAACUGCAUGAUGAGUGCCUUCAGAAUUGUGCGAGAAUGUUUAUUUAUAAAUCUACCUGGAUGUUACUUUCUUAGACAUUUAUCUCAGAAAACUCAGUGGUGAAUAAUUAUACUAGUCAGCGAAUGUUGUUAAAAAGAUGAAGAAAAUGUUUAUGAUAUAUGAAAAAGGGAAAUGCAGAUGAUAGGUAUAUUGGAAAGGUGCAAAACAUGUUAUUGUCAUUAUAUAUUUUUUCCCAUUCUUAGUAGGUAAUUUUUAGUGUGAGUAUAUAGAAAACAGAGGAACUUUGGGAUAUAACUGAGAAUCAUUUUGUGCCAAAAAGGGAAAGGUUAAUAUAUACAGUAAAGCAACAGGUCUUGAAGAAUAUAUCAUGUUGUUCCCUUUUGCUCUCAUUUCAGUGCAUACUAGAGGGACACCUAAAUAAAUCAGAAGAUACAUAUGGAAAAAAAAAUAAGAUAAAUUCAGAUUCACAAUACCACAGAAUCUAGGCUUCAAUACUCCUGUUUUACUUGUGUCACUUUUAUAUUACAUAGAUAGUAUACACUUCUUAAUGGUAUUACAAUUGAAAAAAGUGUAAUGGUAAAGUUUUGUGCGGAUAUGAAAGAUUUACUUGACUACAGUAUGCUGUGAUGUUUUUACUACACAUUUUCUUCAGUAUUCUUGGUGAGGAAGGCAUUUUGGCUCAUUUUGUUAUUAAUGUAAUUUUCAAUAAUAAACAACAUGGAUUGCCAACACUAGAAGUGUUUUUGGAAAUAUCAAAUACAUAUACAUUUUUGAUACAUUUAUUUUAGGGUUCAUAUGUAAAUGAAAUCAGGAGUCCCUGCAUUGCAGUGUUAGGAUGUUAGAAAUGUGAAAAAAAUAUAUCCAUUGGAAUUUCAUGAUUAUUUUCAUUUAGGGAAUAAUGGUAUCUCAUAAUGAAUUUUAAGGCAAUAAUGUUGAUUUGAAGGGUAUUGCAUGGAGGAGACUAUAUGAUAAUUUGGUUACAUGAAAGCUUGAAAUCUUUAUAUGUCAUUUUAUAUUGAGACAGCUAUAACUACAGAACUUUGUAUCAUGCAGAACUUGAUACAAAUGACAAAAUUAGUUAGUGAGUCAUCGACCAUUUUCACAUUAAAAUGUGGGGAAUAUUUUGAACUGAGGACAUAUCGAACCUGAAGACAAAUCUUUCUCAGUUGGCAAAACUUUAGUAAGCCAUAUGAUUGCUUGAAGUUCAGAGAGUUAUUGCAGUGUAUUAAACUUAAUAACUGUUGUUUGUUAUUUCUUCUUUUUUCUUUGCCUUUUUCGUCCUAUUCUUUGCUUAGCAGAGAAGUCUUGUUUGAUUAAAAAAAAUAUAGCACUUUAAAUCUGAUUAACAGCAUUAGUGGAAACAAAAGAUGUUUUCUUUAUUAUUUAAUAUUCUUCAAAAACAAGUACGCUGAAUGCAUGCAGUUUGAACUUUCAGUUGGGUCUUGAGUGAGGACUCUUGCAGAUAUCUAAACCUGUACACAAAUUUCAAGGAUAAAACACUCGGUGAUAAAUUGGAAACUUUUGAACUGUUCUGUGGAAUGGGUCGAUGUUCAUGAAUGGUUCAGUGUUGCUCAGCCCGGUUGUGCUGUGUUUAAUUCCUUUGUAUUUUUAAAAAUGUAUUUGGACAUAAUGGUAAAGACUAACAGUUUUCUUAAAUGAAUAAUUCAGGAAAUGAGAUCUUGGGAGAUCUACAGAACAUCAAUUCCAGUGGUCGCACUUGUAUGUACUUUUAGAAGUAUGGUAGUAUUAUCUGCUAUGCACAUAGAGCAUCUGUACUAGUUAAAAACAUGUCACUCAUCAUGUUUAAGCAUACAUUAGUGUGUUCCACUCAUUGCUCUGUAGUGUAAAGCAACUUUUUUUUAUAUGUACAGAAUAUAUUAAACAUUUUUAGGAAAACUUCCCUUUUUUAAAUCUGUAUCCAUUCCAUCUUCCUAAAAUGGAGAUUAUGCAAACUGUUAUGAAUAUAUGUAAAUAAUAUAAUGGACCUUGAAGUUAUAAAACCAUUAUAUAUAUAUGAAUAUAUAGGCAGUAUAUAUAUGUAAAGUGUGUAAUACAAUUUUGUGGAAAACUAUGUCUGCAAUUGAUUACAUUUUGGGACCUUUGAAAUAAAGUGUUUAUGUUCAUUUUC